AUGGUUUCUCGCACCAGCUUCAUCGAUACCCACCAGAAUCAGCAGAGCAACGGGACCACCAGAUGGCAGUCAACGGCGACCCAGCAGAAUCAUCAAGUUCAUCUUGACUGUCUCGAGGCGAACGUUGAAGAGAACGAUUACACCGUCUAUACCGCUGGCGAUCUGGAGUUCAAGGCCGCAUAG